CGUCCUGAACACAUAGGCAUUCAACGAUGAAGAGCUUGUUAAAGCAUGGAUGGAUCAAGAAUGUAAACAUCCAAAAAGGUUUUUUGCAUUAAGAAUCACAGAUUGCCUAUUUUUGAUCGCGGUAAAACAUUCCAUCCGAAGAAUAAACGAAUCGUUUUUUCUCUUUUUUGUUCCUCUCAUCCAGGAACGCAAAAAUACUAUUCGUGCUUUUCUCAUUUUCUCUUUGCACCACUGCUAUUCACAAUGACGAAACCUAAUGCAGAAAACCUGAUCUAUAUUGAUGAUUACCUUGACAUCGUAGAGGCACUCCAAUUAGAUCUACAAAAGAGCUUUACGCUAUUAAAGGAAAUGGAUGGAUAUUCUCAAGACGCAACAAAGUCAACAGCUAAGGCUGCCAUCGACCUCAUCGAUAAUAUUGAGCAAUUUGAUGCGAAGGACAGAUUCACUCAUUUAAAAAAUUUGAUAAAAUUGCUGGAAGAAUCGGCACAAAGAGGGAGUGAAAAGGCGGCACUAGCAAAAGUGACAUCGGAUGCGAUUGAUCGUCAUUGCAAUCGCUUGGAUGCCGAUCUAGUGAAAUACGAAGAAUUACAACCUAUUGGUAGCACUCGUAUUACUGCCUUACCGGGCAUGGUCCCUACGUCGAAGCAUUUACGUAAUUAUUCCCAACUUUCGGUAAAAGAGAAGAUGUCUAAACGUCUGUCGAUGUUUAAUAACGAAAAGCAACAGCAACAACAACAGCAGCAGCAGCAGUCGACGAGAAAGAAAAGGACAGGAAAAGCGAUAAAAGCAAUUCCUUCAAGAAGAACCAACAACAAACUGAAAAAUUCUGAUUCAGAUAUGCCAGUGGAUCCAAAUGAACCGCUGUAUUGCUAUUGUCAGCAAAUAUCGUACGGAGAAAUGGUUGCAUGCGAUAACACAGAUUGCGAAAUUGAAUGGUUUCAUUUAGCUUGCGUCAAUUUGAAAACGGUUCCAAAAGGAAAAUGGUACUGUGCAAAUUGCAGUGGAUAUAAAGGCAAACAAAGGAGGUGAAACUUGCUUUUUUCGGCCACGCAUUCUCUCAAGUAUUUGCGCGUAUCUUAUUUAAUAUAGCAUGAUAUAAUAAUUAUUUAAAAUUGAUGAAAAGCGAUUGUUCUCUGAUAAAGAAAACGAACCACAUUGGGCUUGGUGAAAUUAUCCAGGCUAAAAAGU